AUGCCUCCGAAACGGACGUCGAAGGUCACUGCUGAUGUCACGCUCCCGGACGACCUCCUAACGGAUCCGAUCACCACGCCGGCUCCUGUUGUGGAUGGGGCUGAGAAGCAAGGCUCAAACGAUGCGGUUACUGUUAAUGCAGUCACGGACAAUGCUGCGCAGUCCGUCAAGGAAUCGGCUACUACUGCUGCUGACGUCGCUGGUGGUUCUGGACUAUCAGUGGAAGAGAAGUUUCAAGACAACCAGGCUCCUGCUGCUGUGCUUGACGAGUUCCUGGAGGAUGAUGAGGAUGAAGAGCUGGAGAUCGACAUUGCCAAGGAAGAUGCUUUUCGUCUUCGUUAUACAGCAAUCUUACUCAUUCCGAUGGUGCUUUCUCAGGAGAUUAAGGCCAUUAUUGCUGCAGUGCGUCUUCUGAUGACCAAGGUCUGGAGCUCUUCUCUAACCGAGAACGCUGGGGUGACGGCUAACAUACAGGAGAUGAUACCUGGUUUCGUCGCGAAGACACGAUUCUGCCGGCUUCAAAUCUCCUUCCUUGACGAACGGGAUGCACAUCACAUCAAGUUUCAUGUUUUUGAGUACCAGAAGGCGAAUGCUCCGGCGAUCAAGUGCAUCUGGCAGCAUACAGAGAACGCUUCGUACCUUAAGGAGAAGGCUGCUCGUCCCCUUGCUAUUGAAGUGGUGUUCCGGCGAGUGCCUGCUAACAUUGUCCCGGAUGUUUUGAAGGACCUACUUGUCCGUUUCAAACUGAAGAAGCGUCAGCAGUCGGCUUUCAAGGAAGGGUUUGCUGCUUCUCUGCGCACCUCCGCUCUUGUCACCCCCAUACUGAAAGACCCAUCCAUCGCUCUUGUCUCGACCGGCAGCAACCGCGAAGAAUGGAUCUGCACGCAAGUGUGCUGCGGGAAGGCGAAGGGGAAAACUUUCUUGGCUGCGGCGGAUCACAUCAUCUCUUCGACUCACCUGCUGAACCAGGAGAAGAUGGGUACUGCCACAAAAGCCUCCAUGGACAAGGCUGCUCUUGCCGGUUUGAAGAAGGAUUACAGCUUCUGA